ACAUUCGUUGGGAGUUGUAUUUUGAGAACACUAUUGAGUUUAGACAGAAUAUUUGAUUAUUUAUUUGAAUCAAGUCUUGGCAAACAGUUGGUGUAAUUAGGGAAUUUUGUGGUAACGAACAUCUAAUCAAGAUAUUUUUGUAAAGCAUGCUUGUUUUAAUUGUAUAAUGACCCAUAUCUCUCCUUCUUUCUUGCUUUCUUUCAUUCUUUCUCUCGCUCUCUCUCUCUCUCUUCGUCUUUCUCUACCCAGGCAUCGUAUUCGACGUGUAAGUUUAAGAAGUGGAAGGACUACCACCAAGAAGUACUCUCAGCUUAUCCCUGAGCCGGUUUUCCUGGGACAAGAACAGACCUUGAACAAUGAGAGAGCAUCUGUAUACAGAUUACUGCAAGGUGAAGAAUUGCGCCCAACUCAUCAGCACAACCACUACCACAGCCAGCAACAACAUCAUCAACAUCGCCUUCAAAAGUCCAACCGACUAUCCUCCACAAGCACAAAACCUCCCCGCCGCAUUAAAACACAUCGCCAAAACUCAACUCGCAAAACCCCCAGCGCUGGCCACGUCUCGAAACCGAGUCCGCAUCAUCUGGCACCAACUCAUUUCACGCCUGCAAAGAAUAACUCUGCCUCUCCUCAAAUUCUCGAUAAAGGUCAGGAGAGCAGCCAAGAGCACUUGACAAGAAAUUUGACGAGCGACGACAUUUACCAACAAAAAGAACGGAACACCCCACCAAUCGCAGAUACGUACAAACCCGAGUUGGACUGCCUACGCAGGAUCAAGUUCAAAUUGAGCUGGAGGUAUGAUAACAUCGAUUCAACGACCAAAAACGCGGGUAAACCGGGAGAAAACAUGGUAAUGGAUACACCGACAGACGAUAAGACACAAGUUUAUGAUCACGUGAUAUCGACGUCAACGGAUUUGUCAAUGCCGGAGUGCAAGGUUGGCGAAGAAAGAGAAGGAAGUGAGGAAGAAAUCGGUGAGGAAGUAGCGGAGGAAGGGGUUUUGAUUGAUGGCGAGGUGCAACAGCUUGAAUUGUGUGCGACGACGGAUGGCGGGAAGAAUUGCGAAGGAGUCGAUGACGCUCAACAAUCGCUUGAGGCGACAAGUCAAAGUGUGGACAUUAGGCAGAUGAUGACGUCAAUGACCACGCUGUACAACAGCACGAAUGGCAAUGACCCAAAGGUUGUAGAAGAGAUGGCGGAAGAUGAAAACACGACCUUGUUUUCUCAAUACGUUUCGUCACCCAUGGAGGCGAUGUACCAUGACUCUGCCGCGUAUUCAAACCAAAUCUCGGACUCAGAACAGCGCCAAUCGACAAAAUCACACGAUGACGUCACAAUGACCGCCUACACGAAUCAGGGCACCAAAAGAUGGCCAGAUACGACCAGCGAAAUCUAUUUGAAAAACUCAAAUGUCGAAGGCUCUAAUGGUAAUGAAAUGGGUUCUUUCGAAAUAAAGACGGAACUCAUCGACGAAGGUUUUGUGGAUUCAAACAACAAUAGUGAAUUCGUCAUGGAUAUGAAUAUUCAUUAGCGAACGUUCUUUCUGGAGCCAACUACGAAAAUCAUUACCAAAGAUUGCCAUUGAUAGAGGAUUCAUCUGAAUAUGAAGAACGGCAGCGCAUCUCUGAUAUUCUACCUUUCAUUCCAUUGUUUAUUUAUGAGACGAGUAUAAUAUGUUUGAUGAUUAGCUCAAAAUUUCCGUACAUUCCAAGUUGUAUCAAGACGUAGAUAGGCAUUCCCUCACUAUCACCUCAGUGAGUCUUGUUAACUGCCUCGAUAAAUGACCAUUUUUAAUGAAAUAAGGCUUUAUAAAGUGCAAUUUUGACAGAAGAAGUGGAAAUAGAUGGUAAGACUAAUAGUUAUAUGGGUUUCACAGUAGGUUUAAUUGCUAACAGCGUAAAAGAGUAAUUUGAAAUGAUUUUUGCCAAAACUAUUAUGUUUUUUAUUCUGGAAAACUGAUGAUCACGAUCCUUUUCAUGUUUGCACACAAUUUUUAAGUUUGUGAAACGGAGGAUGGUAGUGCAUAUUUCAAGAAUGUACCGAAAAGGAUAAACAACUGUUAAAUGACAUUGCCAAGGCACAUUUACACGUCGGAAAUAACGUAACCAUCCCGAGAACACUAAAUACUAGAACAGGAUUUAUUGGGGCAAAACUGGUCAAUCAAAUCAAUAUUUUCUUUCACGCAUGCGGUUACACUAACUCCCCCGUCUUCAUACUUUUAGUACGAAGUUUUCGUAAUUGCAACAAGACGGAUUCUAGAACAUAGUAAAUGUAUUGAAAAUGCCCUUCAAAUCAGAAUGAACA